AUGCCUUCAAAAAGGCUGAAAGACUUGUUGAGGUUGGGAUUAGGUAGUCAAAGCAUUAAACAUCCACCACUGGUACCCGAAUACAAGGACUUCAUACAUCUUGAUGAAGCCACUCCUAACCCAGCCUACAAGUUGCUCGCUGCUCCACCUCAACAGGGGCCCAAUGACACUGAGCAGCAGGAACCAGAAGAAGCGCCAAACAAAAGACCGAGGACAACCUUCAAAUACGGAGUUUGGCACGAACCUGAAGAGUUUUUGCAAAAGGCUGCUGAUGCGAAACAUCCCAUAGAUCAAGAUUCCUUUUUGCACCAGAUCACGAAGGAGGCAAUUGCACAGGUAGUAGGUACAUGCCCCACAAAGAUGGCCAAAGAGCGGUUAUCCACAGUUUUUCAUGUCAGAAAGAUGGCAACAAGCCUCAAAAGCCUGGAGGUCGAUCUCAAGGCAGACAUGCACCCUGACGUGAGCAGAUGCGUCCGCAGCAAGAACAUCUUGUUGUUUGAGAAGCUUCUGCAUCAACUGGAUUUUUGGGACAUGGAUGCAGUGAACCUUUUGAAAUUUGGCGUGCCCAUUGUUGGAAUGCAAGAGCCCCCCAAGGGAUACCAGCAGCUUUUGCUGCCGGCGAGCAUAACAGAGGAUGAACUGAUCCAAUCAGCUAAGUGGAGAAGAGAUAGCCUGAUGAAAGCGACGCGCGCUCUGUCAAAGUCAGAAGAAGACGCACUGACCGAAGCUACGGCCAUGGAAGUGGACAAGGGCUUCCUCCAAGGUCCCUGCACGGAAGAAGAAAUGUCCGUUCUCAUGGGGACAGAUGGCUGGUCCCUCAACCCUCGCUUCGUGUUAUUCCAAGGGUCCAGCCAGAAGGUGCGAGUAAUCGAUGACGCGAAGCAGAGCGCCGUUAAUGCAGCAUACUCUUCAACUGUCAAGUUACAACUGCAGGAUGUGGAUUACGCAGCUGCCAUGGUGCUCGGUGCCAUGAGAGAACUCUUGAAGGCCAUAACGUCGCACUACUUCGAUGACUUUCCCACCAUUGAACGGUCUGAAGGUUGUCGGGUGUUGACCCUGGCGUUUAGUGCUCUUCUGGAUUUGCUAGGUUGGGAUCAUGCCAAGGAGGGCGACAAGGCCUUGAACUUUGCAGCCGACUUUGAUUUGCUUGGAGUCACGUUCAACCUCGGUGAAAUGCGCUUGGGGACAUUGACCAUCAGCAACAAAAGGAGCCGGGUGGAGAAGCUGUGCGCCAUGCUAGCUCAGGUGGAAAAGGAAGGGUGCAUCACACCGGCCAAAGCUAGCGAACUACAAGGCCUUUUGAAUUUUGCGGUGAGCUUCUAUUUGGGAAGGAGUUUGAAGCAUGUGGUUUCGGCAUUCAUGCCUUUCGCAGACCGAUCUCGUGUCAACAACAAGGCUGACUUGGUGAACCUCUGCUCAUACACGCGGGCGAUGCUUUUGGACCAACGCCCGAGAGUGCACUCCGUUUUGAGUUGCAGCUCGCCGGUGGCCAUAUUCACUGACGGAGCCUGGGAAGGUGGUGAGGCUACAGCUGGUGCCGUCCUAAUCGAUGGUCAAACCCGCCUUGCCUUCAAAAUCCUCGUGCCACGUGAAUUGGUCGAUCACUGGUUGCGAUUUGCGGGUGACCAGAUAAUUUCUCAAGUAGAACUAUGGGCCCUGGUAUGUCUCAAAUGGUCGCAGAAAGAGCGCCUCUUGAAUCGAAGGGUCAUCGAAUGGAUAGACAAUGAAGCAGCACGGAUUUCUGUCAUCAAGGCCAACAGUAGCUCUCCAACCAUGAGGUCGCUAUCCAGAAUCAUGGCUGACAUCGACUUGAAGUGGCCUACGUUUAGCUGGACUGAGAGAGUUUGCUCUUACUCGAAUCCGGCCGACCUGCCGUCCAGAGAUCGCAUGCAAGAAGCCAUGGAGAAGUAUCACCUGGAAAAUGGGGGCACUAUUGAAGCCCCAGCCGAGCUGACGCAGCUCCUUAUACAGCUGCACCAGCAUCCCUACAAUGCUGCUCACACAGAAGGGGGAACAUCACUGAGCACCAUUUCUUCGUGA